AUGAACUUGUCUUCUGAGCACUGCAACAUCUCAGAUUGGCUGAGGCUAGAAGCAACAGUGAAGGCCUCUUUCUAUGUGGUUGCCUUCACCUUUGCCAUGUUUGUCACUGUCAUCAUGACCAAAAUAGUGUCACAGAAUUCGGAACUGCGGAGAGAGGUCCGAUACAUACUCCUUUGUCAUUAUCUGCUGUGCAUCUCUUCCUUCUACUGCUCGGGGAUUGUUUUCCAAGGAAUGCGGGCCCUGUCGGCCAACAGCCCCCUGCUGAUAUGCUGGGUGGUGUUUGGGGCACAUAUAAGCUUUGGAGAUGGGAUCCUCUUUACUUUGACUUUGAUGGCUGUCAACACUUAUAUGAUGAUUUGCUGGCCACUGACAUCUCUGUCCCUUGUAGAUUCAGUUAAGUAUAGAAUUCUGACUGGGACUUGGAUAACUAUUAUACUCAAAAAUAUUUGCUUGUUCUUCAUAGAAGGCACUAACUUCACUGCAGUUGCUAUUUUAAAAUCUGAGCCCCUUUGCCCUGUGAUCUUGAAUGGCAUUCCCACCAGGGUCACUGACAUGGUUUUCUUUUUCCUUCUUUUGACUAUCAUUCUUAUAAGUUACUUUCUGAUAUACCAAGAAGGGAAAAGGGCUGGCCAUUUUAAUAGGUCAAAUGCCAAAGCAAGGAAAACAGUUCUUAUUAAUUUAGUGCAGAUAAGUUUACAUAUAAUACCAAACCUGAUAGUUGUAGGUUUGGGGAAGAUAUGUGGGGUGUUUUUCUUUGCUUUAAAUCUGGUGCUUCUUGGUAUUUUUGCAUUUGCCCAGUGUUUUAACCCUCUGAUCUAUGGGCUCUGGAAUAAAGAGCUACAAAGAAGACUACAACAUUGGAUGUGCUGUCAGCUUUGGCAUGGUCCCACUGUGAACAGUAGAGGGCCAGUUUAA